AUGGAUCCCCCAGGAGAUGAUAUCCCACCAGCCACCAACAGAGGAGACAGGGAAACAGAACCGCCGGCCCUAAAUCUGUUUCCCCCAGGCAGUGAAGAAGGAGAAACCAGUGAUUCUCAGGCGAUAAGGCAGACGGCACCUCCAAUUACCGGAACGCCAAAUGAAGAGCCAAUCAGCAGUCAGGCGAUGUUCAAAGCUUUCCUGGAGAUCACCAGUUUACUCAAAGACAUCAAAAAGACAGUAUCGCUGCAAUCGCAAGAGCCCGAAUCAACAAAAUUAUCCGCAGAGAAGUCGACGUCAUCCUUAGAUAAGGGAAAGGAACCGCUCGGACUAGAAAAGACGCCGGACAACUCUACCCAGAAACAAAACGCCCCCAUAACAAUCCCGGACGAGGAACGGUGGAUGGAAGAACAACACGCUCCCAAGGAUAGAGAAGAACGUCUGGAGGAAAAAGUACGUCAGGUCAUGAGCAGGCUCGGGAUAAGAUGCGAAGACGUAGAUAUCUCCCUUCGGAGUGAUUCACCCCUUGCAGAUUUCAUCAUCUCUCACGAGUUCCCUGCUAAAUUCAAAUAUCCUCCGAAUUUGGAAUCUUAUGAUGGGACCGGUUGCCCCAAGAGCCAUGUGCAUAAAUUCCAAGCAGUAAUCAAUGUUCAGAGAAACCUGGAUCAUGUAUUGUGCAAACUUUUUCCCACUACCCUAAAAGGUCUGGCACAGGAAUGGUACCAAAGCUUGAAGCCGGGCUCGAUACAAACAUUCAAGCAAUUCUCAGGGUUAUUUCAGGCCAGAUUCGUAGCAUGCAUCCCUCAAAAGAAGUUGUCCACGGACCUGCUAGCCAUCAUGCAAAGAGACGGAGAGACACUCAGGAAAUAUGUAGAAAGGUUCAACAAGGAGGCGAUGCAGAUAGAAGAACUGAGUCAGGAGAUCGCCUAUACAGCAUUACUCAACGGGACCACUAAUUCAGACCUGAGAAAAGAGUUGCUGGCUAAAUCACCAAAAUAG